AUGGAACGUAUAUCUCAAUUUAAACCUGAAAUAGCGCGUGUAUUAUUGCACAGACCUGUGUCUCUUGCUUGUGCAAAACAUGUACAUGUUGAUCAUUCAUCAGAUGAAUCUGAUAAUGAAACCAAUGAUAUCAAUGAUAAUUUAUCACUAGCAAAGAAACCAAUACUUGAAUCAAAACUAGGUGUAUCACAUACCUUGAGAUAUGAUGGAUACGAACAUUGA